AACACUACCAAACGCAGCCUAAUAGAACAGGGCAGGGUGUGAGUCUGUGAGAGAGACACACACGCAGAAGAAAUAGGCUUAGAAGUUGACCUGACCAGAAAAACAAAAUACCCAACAACCCAUCAACGAUGCCGACUCUCUCGAAGCUCUAUUCAAUGCAAGAAGCCUCUGAACACAACACCAAAGAUGACUGCUGGGUCGUCAUCGAUGGCAAAGUAUAUGAUGUGACAACUUAUUUAGAUGAGCACCCUGGUGGGGAUGAUGUAGUCCUUGCUGCUACAGGGAAAGAUGCGACAGAGGAAUUUGAGGAUGCUGGACACAGCAAAAGUGCAAAGGAGCUCAUGGAGACCUUUUGCAUUGGUGAGCUUGACACAACUUUCAUCCCACAACUUGAAAUUUCGUCCAAGAAGCAAACAGACUAUGCUCAGAAGCUAAUGGAUUUGACAAAGCAAUACUGGGUUGUUCCUGUAGCAGUCGUCAGUGUCUCUGUGGUACUCGGCUUCUUGUACUUGCGUAAGAAGUAAUGCAAUACAAAUUUUCACUGGUUAGCUGCUGUAAGGAGUUGUCACAAAUUUUGAAAUAAUUGAGGAUAUCAAUUUCGGGAAUUGGGUAUUUGUUCCGCACAAGUUUCUCUGAAAUUGUCAUAGUUAUAAAACUUCACAUAUUAAUAGGGAAGCAUGCAGAAUGCGAUUGUUAGAUUGGCAUAUGGACGAUUGAAGACAUAGCAUGCCGAUCCUUUUAUAUUAUAGCACAAAAUUUGAAUAAUUAGAUUGAUAUCAAUUAAAGAACUGGUAUAAUGUUAUGAUCAAA